AUCAAACGAACCCUGUGUCUGUCAUCGCACAGCGUGUGGAUCUGAAGUCGCGCAACAUCGAGUCUCAGCGCAGGUGGAGCCGGUUUAAGGUCACUUCUUUCGGUAUAUCACUUGUGUUACCGACGGAACUGCUGUGUGGUAGCAAACCGAGAAACAGUCAUGGUAUUUCUGUCGCUGUCUUGUUGGAUCAGGAAUCGUGGACCGGACAGAUACUGGAAAGUCCAAGAAGUUCUGAAACAUGCACGGGUAAAUGGCUGCGACUAUUUCCUGGAAUAGAGAAGAGAACAGUUGUUUAACGUGGUGGACUGUGAGGUGGUCUACUGCAAAAUAGCUCAAUUUCAUAGUUAACUUAAUUUAAAAUCUAAUAUUUAUAACGGUAAUAAUCCGCCAUUCAGUUUCCUGUCUGUUCCUCCUGCAGCACUUCAGGGGCAGAAAGAACCGGUGUUACAGUCUGGCUGUGCUGGCAGUCAGGAGAGCUUUUGUGUACGCAACCAAAGCUCGGAGGUUCAAGAAACGGAACAUGAGAACGGUAAGAAACAAAUAUAAGAUUAAAUAUGAGUGAAUAUUAAAUAAUUACUGAUUCACAUGAAAUACAGAGUCUUUGUCUAAUCAAUCAAAUCAAAAAGAACUGACAGUGUUUCUGCCUGUGAAAAAGACACAAAUUCAGCUUUAAAAAGGGUGUAAUAUGAAUGAUACAGUGACGCCAAAAGAAACAAUGUGUUGAAGCAGAGUGGGAACUUUUUAGUCAUUUAUCUUUAUAACUCAUGACUUCCUACUGACUUCUUUCUUUUCUAUUUGAUUUAAAAAAGCUUCAAAUUUGACUAUUUGAGAAGAAGACAUUCAUUUAAAGUCCCGUCCAAACAAAAGCCAAAUGAUUGUUUAGAUGAGACAAAUUAUAGUCAUUUUAGGAGGUCAUAUACCCAAAAAGGGGUGGGUGACACUGCACCAAUCUGUGUACCAUCUUAACUCAAUUUACAUGUCCUUCUAAAUCCUAGCUUCAGAUGGAUAGAUGUAUCAUUCAGUGACAUGAGUGGUAUUUAAUGUUCUUUAUUUCAUUUGUCUUAUGUUCUCAUUGUUUUAGCUGUGGAUUACACGCAUUGCCGCAGCAUCACGAGAACAUGGCAUGAAGUAUCCCGCCCUCAUGCACAACCUCACCAAGGUUAGAAUCAUCACUCUCUAUGUUUUUGUUUGUUUGUUUUGUUGCUGACAAUUCAUUUGUUCUGAAUUAAAAACUUUUUUUCUCCCUCCAGACCAGCGUUCAGCUCAACCGGCGUGUUAUCUGCGAUCUCGCCAUCACAGAACCUCGUUCAUUUCUCUCACUUGCAAAGCUGGCGCGGGCUCGGCAACAGGAGGGCUUGCGUGCAGCGUUAGGUGAUGGCAAAGAGCCUCCAGGUGUUUUAUCACGUGUUGUCGUUCUACAGUGAAGGAAUUUAUGAAGUAACACAUUUCCUACUUGUCAUGUGGUGUUGAGAGCAGUGGUCUUGGAUUAUAGGAAUGUUCACAAAAGAGUUAGAGAAAUUCAUUCACUUUCUUUGCAUUGGUUUGCUCCACAGUGGUGUCUGUCUUUUCAAAAAGACUUUUUUUCCCUCUUACUGGGGAGAUAAAAUCUCAAAAGAGCAAUGUCCCUGAAGUGGAGGGAGUGUAUCACCUCACUCAUAGACCCAGUGGGAGGCCUCCAUGCCUUGAUCAUUGACCUUGAUGGACAGUCUCUAGAGUCAAAAUGAAACCCUGUGCCCUUGCUGCAGUUUGACACAUUUCUAUGACUGCUCCUGCCAAUGAGGUCCUUACUGACAAAGCAUGAGAGGGAUAAUUGUUCCCAACUUAACACUUUUGUCUCGAGUGAAACCCAUUUCAAGUGAAAAGACAUCUUAAGGGUAGUUUAUAAGGACAUAAACAUAAUCCAACAUGGCAAACUUUGAUGUCAUGGCAACUACUUGUCCACAUUCAAAAGUUUCUGUUCUAUUUCCUUUUUUCCAUCCAAGCUCUCCAUCAUGUGUCCUAGCUGCUGUUAUACCAACAGAAUUACCACUACUUCAUAUAUGCUCUCCUUAUGACAAGCAGUGUUGUGGUUUAUUACGUGAUUUAAACUACUCCCAACUGUGCUCAACAUGGUUUUGGAUUAUGACUUUGAAUUCUAAGAAGGUGUAAGAAGUGAAACCUCAACUUUUGUUUUUUUUUGACGACUUUGGUCUCACUGUAAAUAUUUAUUCCAUAAUUUGUUGUGGUUUUCCUUUGAAUGUUUAUUUCAUUAAACAUUUUGAUAUACACAUUGUC